AAUUGAUGUAAAUCAAGUAGACUAAGUACUUACACUUGUUUUGUACGACUGUUGACAAAAUCCACAGUAUAGUAAAUACAAACCAUCAAAGCCUUCGUUAAAAUAAACAUUGUCUUCUGAUCUGAGAAUUCAAUGAGUAAAAAUGGGAUAUGUGCAUUUUACUAUUUUAUUAAGCUUGGAGUUAUUAAUUGGAGUGAAGUCAAUGACGGAACCAUUGUGUGGAUGUCGAUCAGACUUUGAAUACAAGGUUUUGGACAGGAUUAAUAGACUCGAGCAAAGACAAGACCAACAAGAGACAGCUGGUCGGAGCCGUGAUAAUUCCAUUGUUGGUUUACAGAAUGCCAUACAGACGGAAACCCACACUUCAUGCAAGGAUGGAUGGGUGGCAUUCAAUGGUUCCUGCUAUGUAUUUGGAGACAGCAACCUUAAUUUUAUAUCAGCAGAGCUUUACUGCCGACAAUAUGGAGGACAAUUAGUGCGCGUGGAUUCAGCUGUAGAAAACGCGUUCCUGAAAGCAUUUUUACUUAAACACCAUAAACAACAUUCGUGGGUCGGAAUUCAGGAUACGGAAGUAGAGGGGAUUUGGAAGCUCUUCGGCACCAACACACUGGCUCCGUUUACGGAUUUUAGGCCUGGGGACGGUGGUGACCACGACGCCGAAGAUUGCGCUGUGUUUCAGAACAGCGACGACAUGUUGUGGGUGGAUGUUAGAUGUAGAUUUCAAUGUAGACCUAUCUGUGAAAUGCCUGGUUUCAAUUAAAGAGGAAGAUGACGCUUUAAACCGGAAACAUCAUCCUAAUCCAGGAUGGAAGAUAUUUUGACAUUAUUUAGCACUUUGUAUUGAACGAAAAAUUAACUAA